UCUGUCUGCGCAUGCUCCUAUUCAACACUCGUGCUCAGACUUCUUUCAGGCCACAACAGCAAGCAAAGUUGCGGAAGUGUCAUAGACUGAGAGAUGUUUGAUUGAAAAUCAGAGGAGCCAUUGAGUCAUAUGAGCACCGAGAAAACGUCCAUAGAGGUGAAAGAGAAGAGAAGAAGUGGGAGGUGUUCAUCUUGAAUGUGGUAGAAGCGACACUGACGAGGUCAGUCAACGACAACGGUGGGUAUUCACACGGCAAGGGACCCUCCUUCCUUGUUCUCAUUUCCACAUGUGAGUGAGGUGACUAAUGGGCCGAGGGUUACCAGGUGAGAAGGGGAGGGGGUCUUAGAAGAGAAGAGACGACAUUUGGGGGUCAGAGAAGAGUUUUACACGGAGCAUGGCCUCAGUCAAACAGGAAGGCACAGACCAACGACCGGCACACAUUAAAGAAGAGGACUGUGAGUCGGGUGCACCAGAGGAUGUGUGCGUGAAGGUGGAGGACUGCGAGGAAAGAAUUUCUGUUUUUAAAGAGGAGGAGUGCAAGGAGGAGUCUGCUGAGAUUAAAGCUGAGGACCUGAAAGAUUUCUCAUUUGGCCUUGCCCUGCAAAAAUGUGAAGCUGGCCCGAUUUUCAAGCGAGAUGUGUGUGAAGAAUCUCUUUCCAAUUUGCAGCCCUGGGUCACUAAUACUGGACAACUGGCUACCGUGGAGAUUUCUGUGGAAGUGAAAUCUGAGUUAUCGGAACGUGAGGAGAAAAUUACUGAAGGAGUCAAAAGAAAAGCAGAAGAGCAGCUGGGAAAAAAUUUACAGGAGAAAGGCAGCAUCUCCACAUCUUCAUUUGCUCAGACCUCUCUUCUGGACUGUGAGAAGACGAGGAAACCAACAAGUGAAUCAGAGAACCUGACCACAGCCUCUUCCCAGUGUAGUUCACUUUAUGCUACUACAGUAACACAGACCGAGGCCAUCAAAACUUGUCAACAAGAAGUGAGUAAACACACCCAAGUUCAACCUGGAGAAAAACUUUACUGUUGUUUGGAAUGUAGCAAACAAUUCUUACACAAAAAUAGCCUAUAUAAGCAUAAGAAGAUUCACACUGGUGAGAAACCGUACAGCUGUGCUGAAUGUGGCAAAUGUUUCUUAGAGAGAGGUAAUCUUAAUAUCCACAUGAGAGUUCAUACCGGCGAGAAACCCCACUGCUGUUCAGAAUGUGGCAAACGAUUCUCGCAAAUUUCCAGUCUUCAGAUCCACACAAGAAUCCACACUGGAGAAAAACCUUAUUGCUGUCCCGAAUGUGGCAAACGAUUCUAUGACAGUAGUCGUUUACAGAAGCACACACAAACUCACACUGGAGAGAAACCAUAUGUCUGUUCUGAAUGUGGGAAAAGGCUCUCCAACAGUAGCAGUUUUUGGAAGCACAAGCAAACUCAUAUUGGAGAGAAGCCAUACGUCUGCUCUAAAUGUGGCAAAAGCUUUUCCAGCAAUAGUGCUCUUUAUAAUCAUGCCAAAAUUCAUGCAGGAGAAACACCUGAAUGUGACCAGCAAGUCUCAGCCAAUAGUGACCUUCAUGUUCUUGAAGGAACCCGCCCAUGUGAGAAACCUUAUAGGUGUUCUGAGUGUGACAAACAUUUCUCAGACAGCAGCAGUCUUAACAGGCACAUGAGGAUUCACUCUGGAAAGACACUCCAUUCUUGUCCAGAAUGCGGCAAGCAAUUCUCACUACUGAGUCUUCUUCAGAAGCACUCACGAAUCCAUACUGGAGAAAAACCCCAUUGUUGUCCAGAAUGUGGGAAAAGUUUCUUAAAAAUAUACCUUCUUAAAUGUCAUAUCAGAACCCAUACUGGAGAGAAACCUUUUGGCUGUUCUCAGUGUGGCAAACAAUUCUCUGUCAAUAGUAGCGUAAGGACACACAUACAAAUUCAUACUGGCGAGAAGCCAUAUUGCUGCACUCAGUGCGGAAAAAGAUUUUCCAACAGUAGCGGCUUUCGGAAUCACACAAGAACUCAUACUUUAGAGAAGCCGUAUGUUUGUUCUGAAUGUGGAAAAAGCUAUACAACCAAGAGGAGUCUUUAUAACCAUACCAAAAUUCAUACUGGAGAGAAACCUCAUUGUUGUUUGGAAUGUGGCAAGCGAUUUUUAUACCUCCCUAAUCUUUAUAAACAUAGAGAAAUUCAUAUUGUAGAGAAGCCUCAUUGUUGUUCAGCAUGUGGGAAGAGAUUCUUACGAAGAUGCCACCUUCAACAACAUAUCCGAACUCACACUGGAGAGAAACCUUAUUGUUGCUUGGAAUGUGGCAAGCAAUUUUUAUACCUCACUAGUCUUUAUAACCAUAGAGGAAUUCAUACUGGAGAGAAGCCUCAUUGCUGUUCAGAAUGCGGGAAGAGAUUCUUGGAAAGAGGCAACCUUCAACGACAUAUCCGAAGUCACACUGGAGAGAAACCUUAUUGUUGUUCUCAGUGUGGUAAGCAAUUCUCAAGCAGCAAUACCCUUUAUAGCCAUAAAAGAAUUCAUACAGGUGAGAAACGUCAUGGCUGUUCUGAAUGUAGCAAGCGUUUUUCGGACAACACCAGUCUUAAUACCCACAUGAGAAUUCACACUGGAGAGAAACCCUAUGGUUGUUCAGAAUGUGGCAAACGAUUCUCACAAAGAAACAGUCUUCAGAACCACACAAGAUUUCACCAUACUGGAGAAAAACCUUUUUCUUGCUCGGAGUGUGGGAAAAGUUUCUGUUACAAUAGCUAUCUUCUGAACCAUGCACGAAUUCACACUGGGGAGAAGCCAUAUUGCUGUUCUGAAUGUGGAAAAAGGUUCACGUGCAGUAGCCACUUUUGGAGGCACGCAAGGACUCAUACUGGAGAGAAAAUGUUUUGCUGUCCUGAAUGUGGGAAAAGAUUUUCUUUCAGUAGCAGUUUAUGGAGGCACAAACAAAUUCAUAGAGGAAAACCUGUUGUAAAUGUGCCAGAGAAUUUUUCCACUGACCCUACAAACACAGAAAAAGUGAAGGAAGAUGUCACUUUUGUUCCAAAUGAGGAAAAUGAUUCUCAUUUAAAGUAGUUGACAAGUAUGCUGGAAUUCACAGCAGAGAGAAGGCUUACGGUGAUGAAUAUGGCAAAUGGUCCUUAGAUGUAAGGUGCUUCAGAAUUAAAUUAUUUUUGCUCUCAAUGUGGCAAACAAUUCUUAAUCAACAGUGGCAUUUGUAGCAAUGAACAAAUUCAUACUGGUGGUAAACCCCAUAGCUGUUCUGAAUAUGGCAAGUGAGUCUCCUGCAUCAGCUUUCUUUGGGAGCACAGAAGAGUUCACACAGGAAUGUGAAGACAUAAAAAAUAAUAAAUUACCAAAAAAUACAGUGGAAGGUAUGCCAGGUGUGGGACAAACCAACAACUCAGGGGUCCAUAGAACUAAUGAAUCAAGAACUUCCAGGCCCAUCUUGACAUCCUACAAAUCUGUAUAACCCCACAUGAAUUACAAAAGGAAGUUUUGUUAGGAAUCACUCGGCGACUACACUAAGCCAUUACUGUAAAUCUGACAGCAGUACAGCAUCACGUCAAGACCAAAGAGUGGAGUUCACUCCUGUUUGAUGAUAAGCCAUUGGGAGAUGUUAACCCUUCAGAGAAACCAUAGUGGUGUUGUGAAAGCGGCAGUCAGUUUGUAGGACAAGCAGCUUCUUCAGACUCCAAACAAUGUACUGUCAUACAGGAACUGAUCUUUGCACCAGUGCUCUGACAUUAAAUAGUGAAUAAUGCAGGACAGACUGGCCUCACCCAUUUGUUUUUCUCAUGGUUUGGCUUACAAAUUCUGGUGCUUAAGAAGCAGCUUGCCAGACCCUCGUAACUUCAUCUCCAGUGUCAGCUCUCGCAAUAGGAUCUCAUUGGAUUUUAGUUUUGGGGUCUCAUCUGCUCAGACUGAUCAAUCACAAGCAGACUUACAGCCAGAGAUGUCUCCUUUUCAAGGAACAAAAAGCCAUCACUCAAUGGUUAGCAACCUUCAUGGAGUGACAAACCUUUGUAGCAGUUGUUACCCAAAAGGCCAGGCUUAUCUGUACUCGGGAAACCCAUUGCAACAUGUCCACUCCCACCUUUAGAGCACACUGCAAGCAGCUGGUCUGUAGGAUCAGUGACCUCAGCCUGGCCGUAGCUCUGCUCCAUGGCAGGACAACAGGUCUUAACAAAGACCGGAGUGAUCCCUUUUAUUCUAAAGGGUAAGCUAUGCUAGACUGUAGUGAGUGAAAGUCCAUCAGUGCCGGAGUUAGAUGAGGGUACCACCAGUCCAGACCUUAAAGUAAAGCGAGGUGCGGGAGCAAGAAAUCGACCACACACAAAGCCACGCAUCCAUCUUGAUGAAGAAGGGAGUCGACUGAGCACCGACUACCCAGCAGAUGUAUAAUAUAUGCCUGCAAGUGAGGGCCGUGGUGUUUGAAACAUCAACGUAAAGGAUUCCACCAAAGAGAAAAAGGACAAGAGCUCCUGAACAAAAGAAGUCAAAGUGUGCUUAACCUCCUUUCAUGGUGCCAGAGAAAGACGACUCCAGGAGGAGAAAAGCACAUUGGAGUCGACACGACCUAAACCAUAAGUACACCAGCUUAGAUUCAGGGAACUCUAAUUAUAAUUUAGUAGUUAGGAGAAAGCCAGCUCACGACUUCUGGAUAUGUGGUAAACACUUGAACUGAACAGUGAUAACCCCUUCUGAGAGA